UAUAAGGAAGAGGGGACGGUGCUCCGGAUGACGACGGCACCCGGGCCGCUGCAGUCUAUUCGCUAAACAGCCGAGCCAGCCGCUACAUGGUGGACAGCGAGUAAUUGUGUCCAACAUCUCGGGCGGCGUAGUCCGGGGCGCGCGGUUCUCGUCGUCGUUCAUUUGUCCGCAGACAUGACUUCCUUGGUCCAGCGGAGUUCGGGCCUCGUGCAGAGGCGGACCGAAGCCUCGCGCUGCGCCGCCGACAAAGAGCGUCCGUCGGGCGAGGAGGACCAAGAGCCGCGGCGGGGAGAAGAGCACGACGAUGACGAUACCGGAGACUCGAAAGAAACCCGGCUCACCUUGAUGGAAGAGGUGCUGCUGUUGGGGCUGAAGGACCGAGAGGGCUACACCUCGUUCUGGAACGACUGCAUUUCGUCGGGGUUGCGAGGCUGCAUGCUGAUUGAACUGGCCCUGCGAGGACGUCUUCAGCUGGAGGCUUGUGGCAUGAGGAGGAAAAGUCUGCUGGCGAGGAAGGUGAUUUGUAAGUCGGACGCUCAAACGGGCGACGUGCUCCUGGAUGAAGCCCUGAAACACAUCAAAGACACGCAGCCCCCGGAGACGGUGCAGAGCUGGAUCGAGCUGCUCAGCGGAGAGACGUGGAACCCCCUGAAGCUCCACUACCAGCUGCGGAACGUGCGUGAGCGGCUGGCCAAAAACCUGGUGGAGAAAGGCGUCCUCACCACGGAGAAGCAGAACUUCCUGCUCUUCGACAUGACCACGCACCCGCUGACCAACAACAACAUCAAGCAGCGGCUCAUCAAGCGGGUGCAGGAGGCCGUGCUGGACCGCUGGGUGAACGACGCGCAGCGCAUGGACAAGCGCCUGCUGGCGCUCAUCUUCCUGGCCCACUCGUCCGACGUGCUGGAGAACGCCUUCGCGCCGCUGCUGGACGACCAGUACGACCUGGCCAUGAAGAGGGUGCGCCAGCUGAUGGAGCUGGAGCCCGAGGGCGAGAGCGUGAAGGCAAACGCCAACGAGCUGCUGUGGGCCGUGGUGGCCGCCUUCACCAAAUGAGGCUGCCGCGUUGGGACGUGGCGCUGUACUUUUGGGGGGAGAAGCGGGGCACCGGCUCGUUGACGGGACUGAAUGCGGUUGACAACAAGCCGUCCUCUUUUCUUACCCAGCAUCUUUUUUCCCUCCCUGGUGAAUGUGCCGCCCCCCUCAUGUGCGUUCGCCUCUGCCAACAGAAAAAAGACCUGGUGGCGGGUGAUGCGAGCGAUUCAUGUCCUUUUAUUUUCUAUUGGGUGAAUCUGAACGUGUUGCAGGAUGCUCAUGGGGACAAAGCCGGGAUGCACACAUCAGCUGAUCGAAACGCAUCCAUAGUACAUGUACAUCUAUAUAUGAACACGUAUAGAUGUACAUGUACACGGAGCCCCACACCGUCCCCACGAGGGGGGGGGGGGGGGGCAUUUUGGACAAGGCGCGGGUAUCUCUCAAAAUGGACAAAAAAGAACAAUUUCCUGUUCACCAGACCUGCAUGUCUCCCCCCACCAAACUCUCCCAUCCCCUCCGCUGGGAGGUGCGUGGAAGAUCUCUGGUUUUUGUCGCUGGGACGAUAAGGCCACACGUGCAUGGGCCAUGGGGGGAGCAACGACACGGCGACCUGUGACUUAAAGUUCGAACGUAGCUCCGUUGAUUCUUUUUGGGGGGGGGGGGGGGGGCUAAUGAAGAAAAAAGAAAGGGAAGCCAAUAUGCAUAGCGUCACUUGACAGCCCUUUUGAGGGCAUUUGGCUGAUAAAGGUAGAAUGAAUAAUCCGCUCCGGGCCAAUUGACGGCUGAUACAGAUAUGAUGGAAGGAGAAAUAAAAAACACUAGAUAUUAAUGAACCUCUGUGUCACAAUACGUUUGACCCACAUCCUCUGUUUCCUAUUGGUGUCUCAUCUCGAUGCAAUGUCACAAAAUACACAGCAGGAUGCGUUGGGGAUCCUGGAUGUGACUCUUAGCAGCGUCAUCUGCUUAAUGCCGCCAGCGUGUCAUUUAUGGGAGGUUUUCUCACCAGGGAUGAUGAAUGAAUGAAUAAAUCAAAUUGAAAUAUUCUAACUGAGCCUGGACGAGACCCCUUCGCUUGGUUCAACACCUUCAGUACAGGUAGAGGUCCCAUGAAACCGGCCCCUGAUGCGGGUCAGAGGGAACCCUGCAGUGUGUUGAUGAACACGGCGGCAGCAGUCGCUUCUCUUCAUGGGACGUUCAGGGAUUCAAACCAAAUCCGUUGCAUCUGAUUGGAGCUCAGAGGAAGGUGAUUUCCAUACAUGCAACAAUUACAUCGAUGGACAAAGUGAUGUCACUUUUGAGCACGUUAGUUAAUAAUGUUUGCCUUUCUAAAAUCCAGUUGCAUAUGUUGAAUCGAUUAAUUAUGUGACCCAGAUAGAUAUAUAUAGUGCAACGUUAACAGCGUGAUUAUUCUCUUGCUGCGGCCCCAUGUGACGGCCGGACCCUUUGGUGGAGCUUGGCGAGCAGCCCGUUGAUGCCCCGGAGGUGCUCGGGUGGAAUGAGAGCCCGUUGUCAUGGGAACAGGUCAGUGUCCUGAAUCGCUCAGCGACACCAGACAAACCGGAUCCGACGGGUUAUCGGUCCAGGGAAUCCAAAAGGUGGGCUCACAUUCCAGAUGUUGAUGUGUACACCUCAGUCCUGGGACGUGUUGGCUGUCCAGAACUGUUCUCGUGGUCAGAGCCGUUCUCAGUGUCACACGCCUCAUCUGUGGGACGGUUCUUCCUGCUGCUCAGCCCGGUGGGUCUGGUGCUUUAUGACGCGUUGUUCGCAGCCCUCGGGGAGGAGACUUCACAAGAUGCCGCCUCCACCGUUGGAGGGAAUAUGUGUGUCGUCCAAAAUGAAAAAAGGACCUCUAGUCUCUUGUCCGCUUUCAUUUUUUCGCGUUAAAGAAAGCAAAGAAGUGCCUGAUUUCAAAACGGAGUCCCAAGUUGUCUUUGAGGAUUUCGUGUGUUUUUGCAAAACGUUUCAAUGGCAACGGACACUCACCGGCCACCUUGUUAGAACCACCUGUUCAAUCAGGAACUCAAAUGACCCCUCGUUACAACCAAGGAACGCGCAACACGUGGGACCGUGAGGACGGACUACAGCAGCAGAAGACCCUCCUGUCAGCCAACAGGGAACCGACUGCAUCACAUGUCCCCCUCCUUCUGGUCGCUACUUCCAGCAGGAAGAUGGAACGGGAGAUUCAGCGUAGCAACAGCGUGAUGCCAUCGUGUCCACCUGGACCAACGUCCGUGAGGAAUGAACACCUUGUGGAGGUAGAAUACCAAGAAUUCAACACCAAGGCGGUUCUGAGGGCAAAAGGGAGGCGAGGCGUAACUGUUUCACUGUGACAAACAAGUGGACCUUGAGGAGUAAUUCCUUCUACUACAAAUCUUUUCCUUUCACUUUCUUUUUUGUUUUUAAAACCGGUUCAAGACCAGUGGCUGAAUUUGAAUGCGUGAAAUGGAACCUGUACAAAUUGACCACCGGGUAGGGCCGGGGACCCGAGCGCCGUGCACUUUGGACAUGUGGCGCGUUCAAUAUUAAUAAACAAGCACAAGUGGCA